AAUAUUGGUUAGAAAGAGCCAAAAAAAAAAAAAAACUAUGGGCAUAUCACACAGUACAAGGACCUAGGUUUCAUCUCUAUAGUUGGGAAAAAUGAGAAGAAAAAGAGGGGGGAAACGAAAAGGAGAGAUAAAAGAGGGGAAGGAGAAAGAAGAAGACAAGUUUCUUCCUCACUUGUGCUGUAAAAUGAUUCUGAAGGCUGCUGAUAUCAUGGCCACUCAGAAUUUUGGAGUAGGACAGUGUCAUUUUCUACGUGUCUUACAAAUGUUACAAAUAUUAUAAAAAUGGAAUGAGACCAAGUCAAACAAAAGCACCCAAGUAAUAAUUGUAUAGUAUAAAGCAGGAUUGUGUCCGAAUGUGUGUGUUUUUGUCAGUGUUUUAGCAUGAAAUAUACACCAUAAGCAGUAAUUUUAAAACUUUUAAACCAUCAUAGUAAAAUUGCUAUAUAUGUUUAUGCAACAUACAAACAUAAUAGAAAUGUUUAGUAAAUAAUGCUUAGUUUUUUGUGAUGCAUCACACACAUGACUGCUCAUAUUAUUUCACUGGGUUUUUUUUUCUUUUUUGUCUUUUUCAUUUUUAUCGGUACCAGGGAUCGAAUUCACAACCGCCUGCUUGCAAGGCAGGUGCUUAUGUCACUGAGCUAAAUCCCCAGCGUUUUAAUCUUUAAAUGUGGUCCUAGUCCAGUCAAUUGACCUCAUGACCUAUUAAUGAGUAGCAAUACAAAUUUUAAUAAAUGCUUUUCCUGGAGAUACAAAAGCGUGAUAUAUUUGGAGCACUAAAUAACAAAAGAUACACCUUUGGUAUCUAACUUGAAAGAGAUAUUCAGUCCAUCCUAGGAAGUUUUGUCUUACCUUGCAUGAGGAUCGACCAACCAUUUUUGCUAAUAACCUGGUUCCAUGCAGGCAUCCGUGUUUGGGGUGGGGAGGGGGGCAUCGGUGUUUAUGAGAGGAAGUUUCCCAAAGAAAUUUCAUCAAAAAGUCUAAGGUCUAGAAGGAAAAGUAUAGAUGAACAAAUAAAUAAUCACAGAGCUAGAGUGUAUGGGAGAGUGUUCUGACAGACAAUUGGCAUAAAAAAGAAUAAGUGAAAAAGAAUAAAGUGUGAUUACUUCUAAUUCUAUAGUCUAGAUUCAAUGCCAAAAACUGACUCUUGAAGAUAGAUUUAAAGUUUAUUUUAAUAUUUUAGAGGGGAUGUUAGCCAACUGAUAAUUCUUGAAAGUACAACUCUAAUAUAUUCAAGACAACCCAAUAUUUAUAUCUCUUGAAAGCCAUUAUUUCAUGAUCAGUCUGGUGAGCUGUGUGGACCAAUUUGGAAUCUUGGCAUCCAAGUGAAAUAAGAAAAUAAGUCAGCUAUGCCAUGUGGACUAAUUAAAUUCUAAAUUUUAUUUUUGGUAAUGAAUAAAGGAGCAAUAUUUUGUCCUUUAUGUGAAAGCUUUUUUACAUAGGGAACAAAAACAGAUAUUAGUAAAUCAGUCAAGUAUUAUGAUUAUUAUCUGUCCUUAUACAUUUGGCAAGGAAGAUAUUAAGAAUUACUAGCUUAAACAGACAUAAAAUCUUACAGUGUUCUAGAAAAAUAUAUAGACUACAAAGGUAAAAAGUAAAAAUGGGAGCCAGUGUGGUAGCACAUUCCUGUAAUCCCAGCAUUUGGGAGGCUGAGGCGAGAGGAUCAUUGUGAGUUCAAGUCCAGCCCGGGCUACAAAGUGAGCCCAAGGCCAGUCUGAACUGCAUAGAGAGACCCUGUUCCAAAAAAAGAUUAUAAAAAAGUAAAAAUGACCAAUUUAUACACACUAGACUAGCUAAGAUCAAGAAGAGAAGACAGCAAAGGCUGACAAGGAUAUGAUAGUACUGGUGAUUACACAUUGCUGCUGGUGAUUUAAUACGUUAUAGAACUUUGGAAAACGGCUUGGCAACUCUUCAAAAUGUUAUACACGUAGAUACUCUGGGACUCAGAAAGUAUGUAGCCAAAACGAAAUAAGAAUAUAGGUCUAUACAAAGCAACUUAUCCAAAAAUGCUCAUACAGGUAUUAUUCAUAACCCAAAUUGGGAACAAUUCAAUGGUCCAUCAACAAAUGGGUAAAGGGAUUAUUUUAAAUAAUAAGCAUUGAUUUUAAAACUUUUAAACCACGAUAGUAAAAUUGAUAUAUAUAUAUAUAUAUAUAUAUAUUAUGCAACAUAAACAUGAUAGAAAUGUUUUGUUUUAUUAUUUUAAAGAGAUUAUUGUUCAGCAACAAAGUGGAAUGAAGAACAACAGAAUUGAACCUGAAAACAUGCAAAAUGAGAAGCCAAUCAUAAAAUAUCACAUUGUAUGAUUCUGUUUAUAUGUAAUGGUCAAACUAGGCAAAUCUAUCGAGAUGGAAAGCACAUCCGUGGUUGCCUAAGACUCAGGAAAGUUUUCUUUUCUAUAUUAAUCUUUACCUGAGCAUAAUUAUGACACAUUUUGAUUACUGCUUUGUCAAAUGUUUUAACCUGCAAUCUCCAUAAAGACAAAUAUUAUCUCUAUCUUGGGUCAUGUCCUUACAUAUGUAUUUUUAAUACCAAAAGAAAGGGUCUAGCACUCCUAUACCUGAUGUAUUUAAUAAACUUUAUGCAUUCUUAAUCUGGUAUAUAUUAACUGAAAAAAUGAAUGAUGUAACUACAACUGACUGGAUUCUACAAAUAUUUCUUUGUAACACUUAUGAAAUAGUCUAGAUAAAAUAUUAUUUAUUCAGUUCAGUAUAUUUUAAUGGAUCUUUCUGUGUCAAGCAUUCAAAGCAAUGAUAAUUCAAUGCAUAAUACAGACAUUAUUUGGAUUCUGAUUCAAACAAACCAACAAUAUUUUGGAGAGAACUUGGGAAAACCAAAUACAGAGGAAAAUUAUAUAAAAAUGCUGCUAAGUUUGUUGAUUGUGAUAGUGCUGCUGUAGUUAUAUUUUUAAAAGCCUUACCUAUUACAAAUAAUUAGGUAUUCCAAAGACAAAAUAUGAUAGGGCUUUGCUUUUGAUUUAUCAAUUUCUUUUUCAAAGAGGAAAAACUCAUAGAGACACAUGGUGGCGCUACAGGAUAAGAAGAAAAUUGUACAUAGCUAGCAACGUGGGCUCCAUUACUGGAACACAGAAUGUCAAACCCACUCCGAAAAGAGGCAUUAAUGGAGCUGCUGCAAGGCUACAUUCUUUGCAGGGCUCUCCCAUAAAAAAAUCAGAGCUUCACCUUCUAAACAUAGGGCUGAACUUACAUUUUUCACACACAUAUACAUGAAAAAGGCUGUCUGAAAGAACCAUGCAGAUGAGAGGAGUGGUCACUCCACAGAAAAGGCAAGUGCUGGUUUUCUUUGUUUUGCUAGGAUUGUUUCAGGCGGGUACUGAAUCUUUGCGCUAUUCGGUAGCAGAAGAAAGAGAAAUUGGCUUUUUUGUGGCUAAUUUGGCAAGGGACCUGGGGCUGGGAUUAGAGGAGCUGUCCUCACGGGAGGCCCAGGUAGUGUGUGAUGAUAGUAAAAAGCAUUUGUACCUUGAUUUGCCUACGGGAGAUUUACUCUUAAAUGAGAAACUGGACAGAGAAGAGCUGUGCGGCUCCAGCGAGCCCUGUGUACUGCAUUUUCAAGUGGUACUGGAAAACCCUUUACAGUUUUUUCAGGCUGAGUUGCAUGUGAGAGAUAUAAAUGAUAACUCCCCUACAUUCCUGGACAAUGAAAUACUUAUUAAAAUAUCAGAAAGUACAACUAUUGGAACAACAUUCUUAAUGGAAAGUGCUCAAGAUUUGGAUGUAGGAAACAACAGUCUUCAAAACUAUUCAAUUAGCCCUACUUCUCAUUUCUAUAUUAAAAUUCGAGAUGGUGAUGAUGGAAAGAUAUAUCCAGAGUUAGUUCUACAUAGAGUGCUAGAUCAUGAGAUGGAAUCUGAGCUUAGACUAACACUCACAGCACUGGAUGGUGGAUCUCCACCCAGGUCUGGGACAACACUAGUUCUCAUCAAGGUCUUGGACAUCAAUGACAACUCCCCUGAGUUUUCUCAGGAUCUCUAUGAGGUACAGGUCUUAGAGGAUAUGCCUAUUGGCUCCUGGAUUAUCACCAUAUGUGCCAAAGAUUUAGAUACAGGAAAUUAUGGGAAAUUAUCGUACACAUUUUUUCAUGCAUCAGAAGAUAUUCGUAAAACCUUUGAAAUCAAUUCACUAUCUGGAGAAGUUAAUCUGAAAUCAAAACUGGAUUUUGAAACCAUUCAAUCUUAUUCUAUAAAUAUUCAGGCAACAGACGGUGGGGGUCUUUCAGAAAAAUGUACUCUUCUAAUUAAAGUGCUAGAUAUAAAUGACAACACACCGGAAGUGAUCAUGUCUUCAUUUACAAACAUGAUUCCAGAGAAUGCCUCAGAGACCCUUGUAGCCCUUUUUACGGUGCGAGAUCCUGAUGCUGGCGACAAUGGGAGGAUGGUUUGUUCUAUUCCAGAUGACCUCCCCUUUAUCCUGAAACCAACCUUCAAAAACUUUUUCACUCUGGUUUCUGAAAGAGCCCUGGAUAGAGAGGAAAGAGCCCAGUACAACAUCACCAUCACCGUCACCGACCUGGGGACGCCCAGGCUGAAAACCCAGCACACCAUCACCGUGCUGGUCUCCGACGUCAACGACAACGCCCCCACCUUCACCCAAAGCUCCUACACCCUCUCGGUGCCCGAGAACAACAGCCCCGCCCUGCACAUCGGCAGCGUCAGCGCCACAGACUCAGACUCGGGCACCAACGCCCAGCUCACCUACUCGCUGCUGCCGCCGCCCCACGACCCGCUCCCGGGCCUCGCCUCGCUCGUGUCCAUCAACGCCGACACCGGCCAGCUGUUCGCGCUGCGGGCGCUGGACUACGAGGCCCUGCGCGCCUUCGAGUUCCGCGUGCGCGCCACCGACCGCGGCGCGCCCCCGCUCAGCGGCCAGGCGCGCGUGCGCGUGCGCGUGCUGGACGCCAACGACAACGCGCCCUUCGUGCUGCACCCGCUGCAGAACGCGUCCGCGCCCUGCACCGAGCUGCUGCCCCGCGCCGCCCAGCCCGGAUACCUGCUCACCAAGGUGGUGGCGGUGGACGCCGACGCGGGCCAGAACGCCUGGCUGUCCUUCCAGCUGCUGCAGGCCAGCGAGCCCGGGCUGUUCAGCGUGUGGGCGCACAGCGGCGAGGUGCGCACCGCCAGGCCGCCGGGCGAGCGCGACGCGCCCAGGCAGCGGCUGCUCGUGCUGGUCAGGGACAACGGCCAGCCGCCGCUGUCGGCCAGCGUCACGCUGCACGUGCUGCUGGUGGACGGCUUCUCGCAGCCGCACCUGCCUGGGCCCGAGGCGGCGGCCGAGCGCGCGCAGGCCGACCCGCUCACCGGCCCCCUGGUGGUGGCGCUGGCCUCGGUGUCGUCGCUCUUCCUGUGCUGGCUGCUGCUCUUCGUGGCGCUGAGGCUGUGCGGGAGGAGCGGGCGGGCCGCGCUGCCUGGCUGCCCUGCGCCCGAGGGCCCCUUUCCGGGCCAGCUGCUGGACGUCAGCGGGGCGGGCACGCUGGCCCACAGCUACCAGUAUGAGGUGUGUCUCACUGGAGACUCUGGGACUGGUGAGUUCAAAUUCUUGAGACCAUUUUUCCCCAGCCUCCCACCCCAGAGGGCUGAGGAAGAAACAGAAGGAAAUGUUGCUGUCAGGAAUAGUUUUGGGUUCCAGUAGUGGACUGAUUGUGAUUCAAUGUUUCUAUUUAUCCCUCACUUAAUGGGAUGUAGAAUUUGAUUGUCAUGAGGAAAAUUUUGCAUGUCAGAUAUAGCUUUGAUGUUGUUUUUGUUCAAAAUUUCUAAGGCAGUUAUCGCCAAUGUUCAAAUCCAUUACCCCAGUAAAAAUCUGGGGCAAAAGGAGAAAUUGGCAAUCGUUUUGGAUUCAAGAUUCUAUAGAGCAAUUUCCUUUAGGCUUAAAAACUUUUGUUAAUCUUGACACACAUGUGGAUACUCUAAUCUGUAAUCAAUUUUAGUUUGUAGUAUAGAUGCAUGCUUUAUUAUUUCUUGUGCUUUUCUUACUGUUGCUUUAAAUUUUUUAUUAAUAGUUGUAUUAGAAAAAUAUAAUCUGUGCUUUUCUUUCAUUUCUUUUGUUAAAAAUACUAUGUGAAUUGAGUAAUUCAUUAUAAUAAUGGCAUUUUUAUACAAAACAAUAAUCUUAAUCACUUGGAGACACAAACUAAACUAUUGAAAACAAAUGUCACAAUGUAUAAUUUAUUUCUGUGCACCGUCAAAUCUGACAAAACAAAUAUAAAAAUCUUAAAUCUAGGUGGAAACUUCUUGAGCUGUUGUAUUUUCUGUAAAAAAAUUGUACAUUAAAAGACUAAAAAGAUGCUA